AAAUUUUUCGGGGAGGGACUAAUUUCAGACGGCGAGACAAAGACAGGGACCAAGUAGACGAUUAACCCUAAAUUUAAUUAGUAAUAAACCCAAAGCCCAACCAUGAACACCACACCCCUGCCACCUUACAAACAAACGACCCAUGCAUCGUUCUGGUUAGGGCUUGUGAUUACAACGGAGGAUGAGGAGAAGAAACGCGCUGCAAGAAACCCUUCGCCGCCGCGUUGAGGCCUGCAAAUCCACACACGCCACCGCCGCCGAAAUCGUGAAACAUCUCCGCUUUACUUACUCUGCUGAUUACCACCGAACCAAGCGCCAAACUCUAACGCGACUUGUUCACGAAGCUCUUCAAUCCACUACCACCGCGGCCGCUGCCGCCAACACUCCUACAACACGGAAGCUCGUUCAUGACGACGACGGAGUUGAUGAGUGUCGAAAGAAGCGGAGGAAAACAGAUGAAGGUGAAGUGCGAUUGCAAAUUGUGGAAGCGAGUGUGCCGCGCGAUUCGGAACGUGGUUUGGUCAGGCUGAAGACAAAUUUACGGGAGUUAUAUAAGGGUACAGUUACAAAGAAUGUUGAAUUGGAGAUGGGUAAUAGUAGAAAGGCAACUAGUACUGUGAAUGAAGGUGAGGUUGAGGUGAAGGGGAAGAGGUUUAGGGAUUUUGGUGGGAUGAAGAAGGUUUUGGAGAGAUUGAAGAGGGAGGUGUUACUGCCACUGUGCCAUCCCAAGGAGUGGAGAAUGUUAGGACAUAAGCCAGAAGUAUCGGGGGUUUUGUUGCAUGGACCUCCUGGCUGUGGGAAGACUGAACUGGCUCAUGCUAUUGCUAAUGAGACUCGUCUUCCUCUCUAUCCCAUUUCAGCUACUGCCUUGGUGUCUGCAGGCUCAGGUUCAUCUGAAGCGAAUAUUAGAGACCUUUUCUCUAAAGCAUACAAAACUGCUCCCUCAAUUAUCUUUAUUGAUGAGAUUGACGCAAUUGCUUCAAAAAGAGAGAAUUCACAGCAUGGGAUGGAGAAUCGAAUGGUUUCACAGUUACUUACUUGCAUGAAUCAAUCAGUUCUUGAUUCGGAGAGUAGUAGCUCUGUUCUUGUAAUUGGAGCUACAAAUAGGCCAGAUGCUGUUGACCCUGCCCUUAGAAGGCCUGGUAGAUUUGAUUGUGAGAUUAAUAUAGGCAUUCCUGAUGAAUCUGCUAGGGAGGACAUACUUUCCGUGCUAACUCGCGGUCUUUUAAUCGAGGGUCCGAUUGAUCUAAAAAAGUUAGCUAGGUCUACGCCAGGAUUUGCUGGCGCAGAUUUGGUGUGUCUAGUUAAAAUAGCGGGCAAGUUGGCGAUGUUAAGAAUAGUUGAUGAAAGGUAUGUCAUGAGGGAGUUUCUUGAAGAUUGGUUGAUGGAGUCUUGGUCACGUGAAGAAAGGGAUAAGCUUGCCCUCAAAAUGUCUGAUUUCGAGGAAGCUAUCAAAGUUGUACAACCGUCAACAAGAAGAGAAGGGUUCUCUUCCAUUCCAAAUGUAAAGUGGGAAGAUGUUGGUGGGCUUGAUUCGUUAAGAGAUGAGUUUGAAGACUUUAUUAUAGGCCGUAUUAAAGAUCCUGAACUUUACGAGUGCUUUGGGUCCGAUCAUCUUGAGACUGGAUUUUUGCUUUAUGGACCUCCAGGUUGUGGUAAAACACUGAUUGCCAAAGCUGUUGCCAAUGCAGCAGGAGCUAAUUUCAUUUAUAUUCAGGGACCUGAACUACUAAAUAAAUAUGUUGGAGAAAGUGAGCUUGCAGUUCGGACAUUGUUUAGUCGUGCAAGGACAUGUGCACCUUGUAUACUUUUUCUCGAUGAGGUGGAUGCUUUGACAACCAGACGUAGUUUAGAAGGUGGACGGGUUACUGAAGGACUAGUGAACCAGUUGCUGACCGAGUUAGAUGGAAAAGAGCAGCGGAAGGAUGUUUAUGUGAUUGGUACAACAAAUAGGCCUGAGGCGGUGGAUCGCGCUAUUUUACGGCCUGGUAGGCUUGGAAAACAUCUUUAUGUUCCUCACCCAAGUCCAGAAGAUCGGGUUAAGAUAUUGAAAGCUCUUGCAAGAGAUACGCGCCUUGAUGCCGGUGUGGAUUUGAAUGUCAUAGGAAGAAUGGAAGCUUGUGAAAACAUGAGUGGUGCUGAACUUAGGGCACUGAUGGGCGAAGUGGAAAGGGAUGCUCGUAGAGAGGUAAGGGCCGGAACUAAUACAACCCGUACCAUCAAGACACAUCAUUUUGAUGCAGCGUUCAGUAAAAUCUCUGCCUCUAAGUCAGACAAGCAAAGGUUUUUUUUCACUACCGGUAAUGGUCAAAGAGGUUAACAAUAGCAUGAGCAUGAGUAUGGCAAUGACUUGGUAUAUGUUUUUGUUUAAAGAGUUGAAGAUUUUCAAUGUGAAUUUGCGGCUUUCUAAGGUAAAAUACCACACGGAGCUAGUAGAAGCCAACGGUAUUUAAACACGGUGAUUAUAUUACUUUGAGGAGAGGGUGAAAGAAACUAUUUGUUAGAAUUGAGAUCAGUUAACAGUUGCUUUAGCCAGUUCUUAGGAGUUUUUUUUUACUAAAAACAAUUUUUUUCUCUGCUGUAUUAAUAAUUCAUUCUCUCUCCUAAUGAAGUACAAAUAAAAAUAAAAAUAUAUGGGUUGCUUACUUGCU